AGUUACCGGUUUAGUCGCGUAUUAACCGUUAGGUAUAUACGAAUGAUGUACCAUUUCACUCUUCGGCUUUGAGCUCAGUAGCACACUACACAAAAGAAAUCGACCAGAUUCAAACAUAAAUAGAAAAAGAAGAGAAAUAAAAGCGCGUCAAAACAAACCACGAGAAAAAAAACUCACAUAUUAUCGUUCACUCGUGCUUUGGACAUACGAGAGUAGAAUUCGUAGCAAAUUUCUGUUUUUGUAAAAGUGUGACGAUUUUGACGCGUACAAAAAUAGUCGAUAGAGAAUUAAAAAAUAGCCGAAAUUCUUUCACUUCUUGAUUGAAGGUUACUACAUUCUGUCUUCAGUUCGACAGAUAAAAAGGGAACUUUUUCCCCAUCAAAAUUUUCAACUCGGUUUUUGCUUCCAUUUGCCCAUGUUUUCUACAGGCUUCACUUGAUUCAAAUAAUUCAAAUACAAGCAUAACUAUAAUUAAAUCAGUGAAAAGUUCCGAAACGAAAACAGAACCACGCGAACUAAGUGAGAAAAAAAAAACGUUCAAGUUCAAAGUGAAAAUAUUUACUUUUCCUCGUUUUUGUAUGACACGCGCUUUUUUUACUCUCAAGAGACGGUUUUAGGUGAAGAAAGAAGUGUGAAGAAAAAAAAAACAAAGUGUAAAUACUCAGGAAUACUUUUGCAUAGUUGUGUAUAGUAGCCGUGCAUCACAGAACAGCUGUGUUUGCAAGUUUUUUUUUCGUUCGUUCAUUGUGCUGCAACAAACUAAAAAUACGCGAGCAAGACCCCCCAUUUGUGACUGUUAGUUCUUUUUUUUUUGGUGCACGAAAAUAAAUAAUAACUGAAUAAACACCAAACAAAACUAACAGACCGCAAUAAACUUGACUUUGAUAUUGAAACGAAGCUUGUGCAUUGAAGCAUUAUAUCACGGCAACAUGGAAAAAUCAAUUGACUUGGAAGCCAACGGAGUAAAUAAUACAAACAAUGUUCGCAAUAAUGAAAAGAAACCAGAUCCACCUAAAUCGGAUCCAAUUCAAAAGGCAAUGGGAUCGCUUGGGAGAUGGCAUGUCAUCGUGUGCGGAUUUAUAUUUCUAUUGAAAUUCCCGGUUGCUUGGCAUCAAAUGAGUAUCAUCUUUAUGGCACCAAAAAUCAAUGCUACCUGCGUCAAUUCAAGUAUAAUCAAUGAAUGUUCAGCUGAUUGCAAUGCAUAUGAGUAUAAACGUGACAUUUUUACGGAAACAAUUCAAAUGACAUGGAAUUUGGUAUGCAAUCGAAAGCAUUUAGCAAACUUAUCACAAACAAUUUUCAUGUUUGGCAUUCUUGUGGGAAAUAUGGUCUUUGGUACAUUAGCUGAUAAAUUUGGUCGACGGGGACCAUUGGUGAUUGCUGUUUUUAUCCAAUUGAUCUCAGGAAUUGCGACAGCAUUUGUUCCAUGGUUUUGGCUAUUUUGUGUACUACGAUUCGUCACUGCAUUUGCAACUGGAGGCACAAUGGUCACUAGUUUUGUGCUUGUAAUGGAGCUCGUUGGAACGAGUUGGCGUGAACUGAUUUCCGUUUUAUAUCAAAUUCCAUUUAAUUUAGGUCAUUUAACAUUACCAAUGUUUGCUUACUUCUUUCGCGAUUGGCGUCACCUACAGCUUGCUCUAUCACUUCCAUCGCUUAUUCUCAUUUCAUACUAUUGGAUCAUACCGGAAAGUCCACGUUGGCUAUUCACCGUUGGUCGAACGGACGAAUCGGCAGCUGUGCUUGAAAAAGUGGCCAAAUUCAAUAAACGACCAACCGAAACAAUUAAAAUGGAUUUGGACAAAUAUGCCAUCGCCACAAAUACAAAUGUAAAAGAAGUGGCCCGAGGCAAUUUUCUCGAUCUAUUUCGUACGCCGAACAUGCGUUCAAAGACACUUUGCAUGUGCUUUAAUUGGCUCGUGUGUGGUAUGUGCUUCUUUGGCGUUGCACAAUACAUUGGUGAGAGUGACGGUGAUAUUUUCAAAAAUGUUAUGGUAUCAGCUGCCCUAGAGAUACCGGGAACGAUUCUAUGUAUUUAUACAAUGAAAAAAUUCGGACGAAAAUGGACAUUGAUUUUCAGUAAUACGAUAACAGGCAUUUGCAUGCUGUUAAUCGCAUAUAAACCAUUGAUACAAGUCGAAUUAGCAUCGAUCGCCUUAGUGGGAAUGUCAGUUUCAUUCCCAACUGUUUAUUUGUAUGCCGGAGAACUCUUUCCCACAGUCGUGAGAAACGUUGGAGUGGGCACAGCUUCAAUGAUCGCUCGAAUUGGCUCGAUGGUUGCACCCUUCAUUAUCACUUUAAAAUAUAUCAGCCACAUUUACCCACCGAUCGUAUUUGGAAUUGUGCCCAUUUUGGGCGCAGCGCUAGUAUUAUUAUUGCCAGAAACACAAGGACAACCACUUCCAGCCACCAUUGAAGAUGGUGAAAACUUUGGCAAAAAACCGAAAAAAUGAACAUACAACUCCACUCCAUUUCCAAUUACUUUAAAAUACUUAGAAGAUUAACAAAACUGUGAAUUUUUAUAAUUUGCUUUAGAAUGAAUUAAGUUAUAUAGAUUUAAUGAAAAUUUGUAGACACAAACACAUGAUUUUCCCGGAGAAUUCAUCACAUUUGUUUGAAGAACAUAUUGAAACAUUUACAAAAAGAAAAUUUAAAGAAAAGAACAUUUUUUAACUUCUAAUAUUUAGAGUAUUUGAACAAUAAAUAAAAAAAAAAACCACAACUAACUAUCUCUGUCAACAUGAAUUAA